CCCUCCCCCUCCCCCUCCCCCUCUCUCCGCCAGCGAGCUGCCCACCCUCACCCGCCACCGGGUCGGGCCCGUUUCCGCGGUGCACCUUUCCGGUUUGCGGUGAGACCGCCACCGGCGGACAGAGGCCAUUUCCGGCGAGGAGAUGCUGCGGAGGCGGGCGGUGGCGGCGGCGGGAGCAGGAGCGGGCUGGCGUUGGGUCUGGCGGCAGCUGAGCGCAGGAAAUGUGAAACCAUUAGAAGGAAUUAAAGUCCUCGACCUCACAAGGGUGUUAGCAGGACCAUUUGCUACAAUGAUCUUGGGAGACCUGGGUGCAGAAAUUAUCAAAGUAGAAAGACCAGGUGCUGGUGAUGAAACUAGAGCCUGGGGACCACCAUUUGUGGGAACAGAGAGUAUCUACUUCCUUAGUGUAAAUCGAAAUAAGAAGAGUAUAGCAGUAAAUCUGAAGAAUCCUGAUGGGAUCCGUAUAAUAAAAGAUUUGGCAUCUGUUUGCGAUGUAUUGAUUGAAAAUUAUGUUUCUGGGAAACUGGCAGAAAUGGGCCUUGGAUACAAAGACAUAGAAGCGAUUGCCCCACACAUUGUAUACUGUUCAAUUACAGGUUAUGGACAAACUGGCCCGAUGUCCCAGCGUGCCGGUUAUGAUUCAGUAGCGUGUGCUGUGUCUGGCCUUAUGCACAUUACUGGUCCAGAGGAUGGCAACCCAGUUAGACCUGGAGUGGCCAUGACAGACCUAGCUACAGGUUUAUACAGUCAUGGAGCCAUAAUGGCAGGGCUGCUACAGCGACAGAAGACUGGAAGAGGUCUACAUAUUGACUGCAAUUUGCUUUCAUCCCAGGUUGCGUGCCUGACCCACGUGGCUGCAAAUUAUCUCAGUGGUGGUAAAGAAGCAAAGCGAUGGGGUACAGCACACGAAAGCAUUGUUCCUUACCAGGCAUUUAAGACAAAGGAUGGAUACCUUGUGGUUGGAGCUGGAAACGAUCAGCACUUUGCAAUUGUUUGUAAGAUCUUAUCAUUACCUGCUUUAAGUGAAGAACCCAGGUACAAGACAAACAAGCUCCGAGUUCAGAACAGAGGAGAACUAAUCGAUGUUCUGAGUGCAAGAUUUUCAGAGAAGACAACACAAGAGUGGUUGCAACUGCUUGAAGGUAGUGGGAUACCAUAUGGUCCAAUAAACAGCAUUCAGCAAGCAUUCUCCGAACCUCAGGUUAAACACAAUGACCUCAUUUUAGAAAUGUACCAUCCAACAGCAGGGAACAUAGCUGUUCCAGGUCCUGCUGUCAGGUUCAGUGACUUCAAGAUAUCCAAUCCGAAACCGCCGCCUUUGACUGGACAGCACACCGUCGAAGUACUAAAGACAUUGCUGGGUUACAGUGAUAACUUCAUCAAGGAAUUACUUGCGGCUGAGACAGUCGCUCAGCAUGAACUAAACUGAGGGCUGAUCUAUACUAGAAAACUGGUUUUUAUCUUUCUGAGGUCAACCUCUUUUACACUUUAGAUCUUUUACAAUUGCACACAAUAAAUGAACCAAGGUAAAUUGAGCUCUAGGUUGUUGUAAGGCUGAUCAGCCAUGUUUUAUGUAAUGUAAUUAGCCGCAGAGUGAUCAAUGGAGAUGUAUAACACAUGCCUGGUGUGGACCUUCAAAGCUGGUGCCCUAAAGGCCAUAUAACAUUGGAGCAAAAUUAGGCUAAUCAGCCCAUCAAGUGUGCUCUGUCAUUCCAUCACAGCUCAAUCCCAUUCUCCUGCCUUCUCCCUGUAACCUUUGACAACCUGACUAAUCAAGAACAUAUCAAUUUCCAUUUUAAAUAUACCCAAUGACUUGGCCACAGCUGUCUGUGGCAAUAAAUUCCACAGGCAGGUUCCCCACCCUCUGGCUAAAGAAAUUCCACCUCAUCGCUGUCCUAAAAGGAUGCCCUUCUAUUCUGAGUCUGUCCCUUUGGUCAUUGGUUCACCCAUUAUAGGAAACGUCCUCUGCACGUCCACUCUAUCUUGGCCUUUCAACAUUCGAUAGGUUUCAAUGAGAUUCCCUCCUCAUUCUUCUAAACUCCAACGAGUACAAGUCCAGAAUGACCAAAUGCUCCUAUUCAUUCCCAGGAUCACUCUUAUGAAUCACCUCUCCAAUGCCAUCACAUCCUUUCUUAGAUAAGAGGCCCAAAAAUGGAUAGAAUUCAAAAUAGUUGUGCAGAAAUCUUUAGACUUUUGUAAGGGUACAGAAUUAAUGAAUGUUGUGGCGUUUGACUUGUGAAAAUUCAACUUGAUGGAAAUUGAAUUUCUCCAAGCCAGUAACUUUUACUGACAUUUGGGAUGAAAUACAAAAUGUCAGUGAUAAUAAUUGCAAGGCCACUUUGAACUUGCUGAAAUCCCAGUGCCAGACACUGCUCAUAGAAAGCAUAAUCUCACUGCAAUGCAAUGGUAUACAAUGUGUAUAAGAUGAUAAGAGGCAGAGAUUGAGUGGACAAUCAGUGCCUUUCUUCCCCAGGCAGCAAAUUACUGAUGAUGAGUGGGCAUAUGUUUAUAGCGAUUAGAGAAAAUAGUAGGGGAUGUCAGGCACAUCAUAAGACCAUAAAAUAUAGGAGUAGAAUUAGACCAUUCAGCCCAUCGAGUCUGCUCUGCCAUUCCACUCUGGCUGAUUUAUUAUCCUCUCAUCCCCAUUCUCCAGCCUUCUUCCCGUAGCCUUUGAUGCCCCAACUAAUCGAGAAUCUAUCAACCUCCGCUUUAAAUAUACCCAAUGACUUGGCCUUCACAGCUGUCCGUAGUAAUGAAUUCCACAGAUACAUCACCCUCUUGUGGCCAAAGGGCCUGUACUAUCCACUGCUGUUCGAAUACAGCAGAAUUAAAACUUCAAUGACAAAAUUUCUUCUUUAAAAAUGCAAAUAAAAGCAAUUGGGAAGAGUUUUUAAGAAGCUAAUUUUGUAUUUCCUUAAUAUGUUGAAAGUGAACUGAUAAAAAUGUUAAUAUAUCCCACACUUCUUACUGGAAUCAAUUAUCUACACUACAGAAUGUAAAUUGUUUAUAUUUCAUCGUUUGGACAAGCCACAGAUAUUGUCUGAAUAAACAUUUCUAUCUA